AUGCCGUCACCCGACGUCCCUCACACGGGAAACCUCCCUGGCGAUGUCCAGCCCGACAGUCAUUCCGGCGAUGUUACCGCUGAAUUCUUGACGGAUCCGUCGACGAAUGGAUCGGAUGCGAUCUCGGAGGGGAAACAGAACGCAAAGGCGGUGCUGGCAGCUUCGGGCGUACCGUCCUCCGCCGAGGCCGGCCAGGACGCGUCGAAUGGUGAUCCGUCGUCGGGGUCUCAGUCUCACAACUCAAAUGGCUUAGCAUCGAGCAAAAAGCGGUCGCGAAACGGCUCCACGGCUCACUCCACGGAAGAGCUACCCGUACGGGUGCGCGAAACGCCCGCGGACAAGAUUCUGCUGGAGCAGUACGUAAACCGCGAGUUCCAACAUUCGGCCUUGGUGGCCUGGCAGAACCCGAGCCAAGAAAUCGCGCACCAAAAACGCGCCGAACGCGAUUACUUCCUCACUAUCCGACGCGAAAAUCAUAUGAACCCGGCUGCCCUCUACGGAGUGGGAUACGAAGGAUUCGGAAACCCUCGGACGGAUUUGCGAGGGCAACAUCCCCAGCUUUUGUACCCGUCCAACCGUCGUCGACCAGGGAACCGAAGGACGCGGGAGUUGCGGAUCUCCCGAAAAGACCUGAAGACGCAGAGCGACCAAAUAGAGAACCUGGUGCCGAUUCGGUUAGACAUCGACUGGGACAAGAUCAAAAUCCGAGAUACCUUCACCUGGAACCUGCAUGAUCGGGUCGUCUCCCCCGACCUGUUCGCCGAAAAGCUGGCCGAAGACCUGGGCCUCCCGCUCGAAUCCUGUGGUCCGCUCAUUCGGAUGAUGUCGCAGAGCAUCCAGGAGCAACUCUGUGAUUACUACCCCCAGAUCUAUAUGGAAGAAGAACCCCUCGACCCUCACCUCCCGUACAGUGCCUACAAAAACGACGAAAUGCGCAUUCUUGUAAAAUUAAACAUCACCAUCGGCCAGCAUACGCUGAUAGAUCAGUUCGAAUGGGAUAUUAACGACCCCCUCAACUCGCCGGAAGAAUUUGCCGCGCGCAUGACCGACGACCUCUCUCUCUCCGGUGAAUUCACCACUGCGAUUGCACACUCCAUUCGUGAACAAUCGCAGCUAUUCACCAAAUCGCUCUACAUCCUCUCUCACCCCUUCGACGGGCGUCCCAUCGAAGAUCCCGAUCUCAAAACCGCUCUCCUACCUUCUCCCGUGAUCUCUCCCUUCCGACCCUUCCAGGCGGCCAAGGAAUUCACGCCGUAUCUGUAUGAACUGAAUGAAGCAGAAUUGGAACGCACCGAAGUGUCCAUAUCGAGAGACCAACGAAGACAAAAACGCUCGGUCAACCGGCGCGGCGGACCGGCACUCCCCGAUCUCAAGGACCGUCAACGAACGAUUCGGACGAUGCUCGUCUCGUCGGUCAUUCCCAACACGGCCGCAUCCAUCGACGAAAGCAACGUGUUCAAGCGGUCAGGGUCGAGUCGACACCGACGCGCCGCGGUCGGAAUGCGUGACGGUGGUGAUGAUUCCGAAGACUCGGAUAGCGACGAAUCGUCGAUCACGGCCUCGCCCGCCAUCGGUCCCCAUCUGGCCCAGGGCACUGCGCGCACACGAGGUAUGCGAGGGGCCGCCACUGCAGCGCAUGCGGCCCUGCGCGCCAACCUCGGCCAAUCUGCCACUCCAGAACCUCACCACGAAAGCAGAGUUUCGGCCCGACGACGCGACUAUCGAGAGGAGAGUGUCGAAGAGACUGAGCGGUUGAUUGUCAAACUCAAGAUCAACCGGGAAAGAUUCCGUCAAUACCUCACCCAUGGCCCUCAGGCGGUAUCCGGCCUUUCGGCGUCGACUCCAGGCGCUCAGCUGCCCUCACAACAAAGCACGCCUGGGGUGCAGACUCCCGUUCAGAGUUCUAUGGCGCCGCCGUCACAACCUCAGCCUCAAGCUCGAGUACCAAGUGUCGGUACUCCCACGCAACGAAAUGCUCCCGCUCAACAAAUCGGAGCGAUAGAUGCUGUUCAACCCCCUCAGCCGGGUGUCUCUGGGCCUCCGCCUCCAAAUUGGCUUGCAGCGGGACUCGCGCGAUUGAAGCGCUCGUAUCCCAACGAUUCCUUCGAAGGUGUCAUGCGCUACACCGCUGUUGAUACCGAAACGAUGCUCCCGGUAGCAAGUUCGAGCACCCAACCGGGGCACAAGCUGAAAUAUCAAUACCUCCCUCGCAUCCGGUGCCACGACUGUCCAGGGAAGCUGUACACUCCCGGUCCCGCCACCACGGUCGACAAUUUCGAAGUUCAUCUGAGAAACCGACAGCACAAAGAACGGGUGGAAGAAAGACUCGCCCGGAAUGCCGGUGCCGGAGGCAAUGCAUCAUAAAGUCAUGAGUCAAUGGUGAAUCGUUUUUUCUUUUCUUCCUUCCUCGCUUCUAACAUGAAUGUACACUUUUCCUUUUUUGUGGGGUUACCCAUCCUCAUUUUUUCCCUCCUUCUCUCCUUGUGUUUUUAUCAUCAUGGGAAAGCCACUCUCCACCUGGGUUGGUUACUUGAUCUUGUUGAUUGUGAUGUAUAUGAUUUUAAGCGACUUGAACGGUCUUGGAAGUUUUACCUCCUUCCUCCUGGUCUUUCGAUUGUUGAUUGUGUUUGAUACUCUUAAAUCAGCUUGGGUUAUGGUGUUCUCCCUCGGCUGAUCCUAUUACUACUAUCCCCCCUACCUACUUCUGUGACACUUUUGUCCAUGGUCGGCGUAAAUACAUUUUUAUUUCUCUCCUUCUCUUUCUGGAUAGGCAGCAACCAGACCAUUGUACCUGAUCCGUCUGAUGUUGGGAAUAUUCUGCGUUGCAAUCAUGCAAUCUAUACAAAGAUUU